AUGGACGAAGCUCUAGCAGCGAUAUCAUCUCAUUCCAAGCUAGCUUGCUAUUACACGAUCAAACUGAUCAUCAAAAAUGGCUAUCAAGUCCCCCUUCUGCUCGGUGUCGUACUAGUCUCGCUCAUGCUUAUCUCGGAGGAUAUGGCAGAUGCUCGAGAUUAUGAUACUCAGUCCGAGGAUAAAAAUUUAAAACCUGCAGGAGGGCCGGGCCUCAAGGACGAGAAGUGGGGAGGUGGCUACCAACAUGGAUACGGAAACUAUGAUGGUGGGUAUGGUGGAGGAUAUGGAAACUAUGGGCACGGUGGAGGUUAUGGGCGUAGCUAUGGUGGCGGAGGCUAUGGACCUAGAUAUGGUGGAGGGCAUGGUCAUUCAGGCAAUGGUGGAUAUGGCGGAAAUUAUGGUGGAGGUUACGGUGGUGGUGCCGGAUAUGGUGGAGGUGGCGGAUACGGCAGCGGGUACGGUGGUGGUGGAGGUUAUGGUGGAGGAUCGGGUGGCGCUGGCUAUCCUUAA